AUACUAACACGUUCUAAAAGUAAUCUGAUCGAGAUAAAAUUGUCUGUAUUAGUUCAGUUUUGUAAUGUGCAAGUUACAAGUAGGUACUGUAACUAAAUCUAUAGGUAUUCGAAUGGAAAUGUUAUCAUUUUUAUCAACCUCCUAGAGUACAGUUAUUCGUUCGAAAUUUAGUUUAAAAAAAUAAAAAAACAUGCGAGUGAUCCGUUCAAAGGAAUCAUUUCUAUCUCGACUUCGUUUGAUUUUGCUCAGUUUCAUUAUCGUUUCUCCAGCUUUAAUUCCUGGCUUCACAUACGGGUAUGCUUCGAUCGCACUGCCUCAACUGCGUUUAAAUUUAUCGGACGCUUCAUGGUUUGGAAGUUUUUCAAUCAUCGGAUGUUUUUUCGGAUCUCUGGCUUCUGGAUACAUUAUUGAUAAGCACGGUAGAAAAGCUUGCCUGGUGGUGAGCAUCAUUCCCAGCGUCAUUGGUUGGUAUUGCCUGUCAAGAGAAUACACUCCAUUUCUAGGAAACACUGGACGUUUUUUGACCGGGUUAACCAGCGGAGCAACGAGUUAUGCCUCGUCGGUAUAUUUAGCAGAAUGCAUCGUAAGGCAUAGGUUAAAAGUUAGAAGCAGCUUUGCAACUUGGAGUGCAGUAGCUAUUACAUUUGGCGUAUGCGUAGUAUACAUUUUGGGAUCGUUUUUACCAUGCGAAACGGUGGCGUUGAUUUUCGCCAUUUUAUCGCUGAUUUUUGGACUUCUACUAGUAGUAUUCAUUCCAGAGAGUCCCAUAUGGUUGUAUCAAAAAGGACGUAUCGGUGAUGCCGAAUAUGCAAUGAAAUACCUCAGACUUUAUACGCUGAUUUCAGAAAUCGAAGAAAAGCCUAAUUUAGCUGGUGAUGUAGAUAAAUCUGCGUAUGCCGACGGUGCAUUAGGAUUAUUGCGAAGGAAAGACGUUUAUAAACCGUUAAUUAUGACAACCACGCUGCUAUGUUUUUCCAUGCUGUCUGGUGGAAUGGUAUUGGUCACGUACAUGGUAGAUACAAUAAAAACAAAAACUAUCGAUUUGGAAAGUGCAUAUCAGUAUGCAAAUCUAUCCGGCGUGUUGCAAUUUCUCAUCUCGGCGUCGAUUGCAUUUAUAUUACCUUAUACUGGAAAUAGGAAACCUACUUUGUUCUCUGGAUUCGGUAUGGCUAUUGGUAUGGCUCUGAUAGCAGUCACAUCCUCGAUCGAAAAUGUAGAAUAUCAACGUGAAAUUGAUAUUGCGCGUGCAAUAUCGGUGAUAUUCUGCAUUAGUAUGUUUAGUUUUGGAUACCUAACGUUGCCAGGAGCACUCCUCGGAGAAGUUUUUCCUGUCGAAGCUCAAGGCUUAGCAAGCAUACCGAGUUUAUUAUCGUUUUUAGUCAACUGUACCACUAUCAAAGCGCAUUUAUGGCUGUAUACCAGUCAUGGAGGAGGAAUUUUUUAUUUUUAUGCCUUCGUAAACGUCAUUGGAACAAUAGUGGUGUAUUUCGUGAUGCCAGAAACUGUUGGUAGGACUUUGGAAGAAAUUAGAAAUGAUUUCCUCUGAUGCAGUGAUUGGUUGCUGGCUGAUAUUACCUAUGUGAUACCCAUCAUUAGAAACGAGAAUUUUGUUUUUUACGAUGAAAGAAACAUUAUGAGACUUAGACCACCACCGACCACGUGAAAGAAUGCACUAACAAACACGUACCUACGGAAAAGGAAAAAAAGAAAUACCUAUAUCAAGUAUUGAAUGAUGUCUUAUGAAACGGUAAUAUUCACAAUAAUAAUAACAUGUAGUGUGGGUGAUUAUUAAGGUGAAUUUAUUUACCUACUUGUAAAAAAUAAAAUAAUUUAUGAUAUAACUAUGAUCUUUUUGAUGAAAUGAAUUUGAGAACUAAACUUGUUAUUAAUUUGUAGUAGGUAGCCUAAUUUAUGCCUGAAUUAAAUUUAGCUACUAGGCUAAA